AUGAGUACUCCAAAUGGAUUUCCACAGCACCCAGGGGCAUGUGUUACCCGGGGCACGGAGGGUGGAGCAGUGCAGGACCUACACGCUAAAAAAGCUGGAAAAGCAGCAAAGAAGGAGGCUGGUGGCAGUGGGGUGCUUACCUUUGAAGAUGCUCCAAGUGCAGGCAUUGCUUUAAGUGAAACCUUAAAGCUUCUGCCAGAUGACCUCAAAGCUAACAUGAGAAUGAAGCCACUCACUCCAAGGCCUCCUCAGAAGCCCCGGCUGGAGCGUGCUGCAUCUCUGGAUGAGAAAAGCUGGAGGAGGUGGAGGCGGUUUCGAACAAGCCAGGAAAGUCUGACUGACCCCAACGAGACGAGCUCCUCCAACGGCUCCCUGCAGGAAGCGUCCCUCAGCCCUCUUGCCAGGGGCAGGGGGCGGCACAACUCCUUGCGCAGUUCACCGGAUGCCUCGGAAGCCAGUGCGGUGGGGAAGAGCAGAGGGAGCACCUCCGACCUGGGGAAACGAGCCUCUGAGCUCUCCAGUGCCUUCGGUGGGCUUCUGCGGGGGAAGGCGUUCACAGGCAGCAAGCCCCGGCUGUCCCAGGUAAUGCCGGCGCGACCUCUGCCGCCCCUGGAGCUCAGCGCGGCCUCUCACUCGCUGAGGACAGCAAACAGGAUUGACUCGGAUUGCCUGGAUUACCGACAUUAUUCCCAGCACAGGUUUGGGAGGGUGAGCAGCAGCUUGAGCGAUACCAGGCUACACGGCAAUGGGAUGGUCUACGAUAACUGCUCCACAGAUUCCAUGAAGUCUACGUUCAGCCUGCUCACUCCCAUCCGCUCCAAGGAUGUCCGCAGCAGAAGCUAUCUGGAAGGCAGCCUUCUGGCAAAUGGUGCCUUACUGGGAGCAGAAGAGCUUAGCAGGUAUUUCCCUGACCGCAAUAUUGGAAUCUUUGUGGCCACCUGGAACAUGCAGGGUCAGAAGGAACUUCCAUUGAAUCUGGAUGACUUCUUAUUACCAACAGAUCCUGACUAUGCCCAGGACAUGUAUGUCAUUGGGGUUCAAGAAGGCUGUCCAGACAGAAGAGAGUGGGAGAUCCGCCUGCAAGAGACACUGGGCCCCCACUACGUCAUGCUCUACUCAGCUGCUCAUGGGGUGCUGUACAUGUCGGUCUUCAUUCGGAGGGACCUGAUCUGGUUCUGCUCAGAAGUGGAGUAUGCCACGGUGACAACUCGAAUCGUAUCGCAGAUCAAAACCAAGGGGGCCCUGGGAAUCUCCUUCACGUUUUUUGGGACCUCCUUUCUCUUCAUCACCUCCCACUUCACGUCUGGGGACAGCAAGGUGAAUGAGAGGAAACUGGACUACAACAAAACCAUUCAGAGCCUUACGCUUCCCAAGAAUGUUCCGGACACAAACCCGUAUCGAUCCAGUUCUGGGGAUGUCACAACACGGUUUGAUGAAGUGUUCUGGUUUGGUGACUUCAACUUCCGACUAAAUAAGGAUCGGGAGACUGUGGAUUCCAUCCUGAACCAGAACCCCGAAACAGACGUGUCCAAGCUCCUGGCAUACGACCAGCUUACCAGUGAAAUGAGCAGGGGGUCUAUUUUCAAAGGAUUCCAGGAGGCAGACAUUCGUUUCCGCCCUUCCUACAAGUUUGACAUAGGAAAGGACAGCUACGACACCACUUCCAAGCAAAGGACUCCUUCCUACACGGACCGAGUUGUAUUCCGCAGCCGGUACAGGGAUGACAUCCAUGCUGUCAAGUACUCCUCGUGUCCUGUGAUCAAAACUUCAGACCAUCGGCCUGUGUUUGCCUUGUUUCGUGUGAAAGUGAGGCCUGGCAGAGACAACAUUCCACUGGCUGCAGGGCAGUUCGACAGAGAACUCUAUUUAAUCGGAAUAAAGAGACGGAUUACGAGGGAACUUCAGAAACGGAAAGAGCAAAAGGACCAAAAAUCCAGCAGCAUAUGUAGCAUUUCCUGAGCUCAGAACUCUGUGUUAGAGGUGCCCGGAAAGAGGAUUUCAGUCCACGGCAACUCUGCAGGGAAUUGUCUGCCUAAGCACCUCUGGCAGCCACUGUGGCUCCUGAAGAAUGUCUUAAACCUCAUCCUGGAUUCAUUUGCAUGAGCUAAUCCAUGUAGCUCAGUGCUUUUGCUGAAGAAAAUGGAGUCAGUUAUGUAGGCCAUCCAUCCCAGCAGAUGUAAUUGAUUUCAUUUUAUCCAUACUAUCUUUGGAAGCAACCGGGUGCAGCCUCUUGGUUCUAAGAUGACUCCA